CCACCCAAAAAGCAAGACGCGGGGUUUUUUGAAAGUGCGCAGCUGAAGUAGAAACGGUUGAUCGGAGUUUGUAUUGUUUAUUGGAAAAAAAGGUGUGAUUUUCGCGUUUAAACAGUGGUUUUGUUGUGUUAAUUUGUGCUCUGGAUUGCCGGUAAUCUUGUGAUCAUGUCCAAGAUACCGAAACCGUCGUUUCUCAAGAAACCAACGGAAAGCUUGCCCGGGAACGCCCGGCUGCCGCUGACUGAUUUGAUGAACGUCCCGAUGGAACUGGAUUACCACGGAAAGCGGGUGGCUUCGCCGGAACUGGUUAACGCCGCCCUGCUGAACAGGACCAAGUUGCGCCGCAGUCGCUCGGCAACGGAUCUCAGCAGGCCGAACUUUCACCGAGCAAAGUUCGUUCCUAACCUGGAGACGAUCGCCGCAGCCAAGAAGGAUCUGCUCGCGACGGCCGUUCCGGCGGUGCCCAAGUUCAACAAUCACCAGGUGCGCGAGCUGCAGAGACCGGGCACGCUGCGCAAGAGCCUCUCGACCAGCGAUCUCCGGAUGAAGCCUGGGCCUUCCGGUGUUGGCAGCAAUAACAGCAACAGCAGCACGCAAUUUAAAAGACAGCUGUCAACGGUGACCACGGCGACGACUGUUAUUCCGACAAAGGCCACUAAGAUCGCAGGGGGAACAAGUGCCACGGGGAAGGUGUUUGGGACGACGGUGAAACCGGCUGCUACUGCUAUGAGGAAACCGCUUGCGCCGUCAGCCAUCGGCAAGUCUAAGGUGCAGGGCGGGUUGGCUGCCGCUAGGAACGUUUCGGCAAAUUCCAGUGUAAACAGCAAUAAAUCUUCGGUAUCGUCGGGGGGAGCAGGGAAGAAGGUGGCCGUCAAGCGGAUUCCACCGUACGAUUACAAGGCGCGGUUCAAUGACCUGCUGGAGAAGCAUCAGGUGCUGAAGGACAAGCUGGAGAGUCUACGACAGAUCAACUCGGACCUGGAGUCGCUGCCACAAAAGUACGACGAUUGUCUGCACGAGUUGAACAAGCUGAAACGAGAACAUCAACAGCUGCAGGAGGAUCACCGGACGGCGUCCAUGGAAAACGACGAUUUAAAGCUUAAGAAUGUGUCCCUCUCGUCGAAUCUCAAGGAAACUGAAGCGGAACUGCAAUCGCUCAAGAGGCAGUACACGGAGGCGGACUCGGAACGGCGGCAGCUGCGCGAACUCCUCAAAACUCUUCAGGAAACGACAGCACAGCAGGAGCAACGGAUCGCAUUUCUCCAAGAGGACAACGAAAAGAAGGGUGAAAUGUUGUUCAAGGCGAACCUCGAGCGUAAAGAUCUGCACAACGCCGUCAUGGAUCUACGGGGAAACAUUCGUGUAUUUUGUCGAGUCAGGCCACCUCUUCCGUCGGAAGAGGACCGGCUGGAGUGCGCCUGGAAGUAUUUGGACGAAUCGUCGCUGGAGAUUGGCGCCACCGAUGGAAGCAACAAGCGCAUGGAGUUCAGCUUCGAUCACGUGUUUCACUCGCGAACGCCGCAGGAGGACAUCUUCGAGAAUGUGGCCCCGCUGAUUCAGUCCGCGCUCGACGGCUACAAUGUGUGCAUUUUUGCGUACGGACAGACCGGUAGCGGGAAAACGUACACCAUGGACGGAGUGUCGACGAGUUUGGGCGUGAUUCCGCGGACGGUGGAUCUGAUUUUCGACUCCGUUGAGCAGUACAAGCGACUUGGGUGGGAGUAUGAGCUUCGCGUCACAUUUUUGGAAAUUUACAACGAAAUUCUGUACGAUCUGCUGGACUCUUCCGGGACGACAAAAGAGCUGGAAAUUCGCAUGGCCAACGCAAAGAACAAAACCGAAGUUUACGUGUCGAACAUCAUCGAGGAAACGGUCCACACCAAGAGCCAGCUGCGCCAGCUGAUGCAGAUUGCCAGCUCUAACCGGGCGACGGCGGCCACCGCCGGAAACGAGCGCUCGUCCCGUUCACACGCGGUCACCAAAAUCAAACUGCUCGGCACGCACCAGGAAAAGGGCGAACUGAGCGCCGGUUCCGUAAACCUCGUCGAUCUAGCCGGUUCGGAAAGCCCCAAAACCAGCACCCGGAUGGACGAAACAAAGAACAUCAACCGAUCGCUCAGUGAGCUGAGCAACGUCAUUCUGGCGCUGGUGCAAAAGAACGAACACAUUCCGUACCGGAACUCGAAGCUGACGCACCUGCUGAUGCCGAGCCUCGGCGGAAACUCCAAGACGCUCAUGUUCGUCAACGUGGCCCCCUUUCAGGACUGCUUCAACGAGACGGUCAAGUCGCUCCGGUUCGCCUCGCAGGUCAACUCGUGCAAGCUGCAGAAGGCGCGCAAGAACAAGGUGCUCAACAGCUCGAGCGCGUUCUGAGCGACCUGGUUUAACUUUAUUAUUUUUAUUUUUUGUUACGAACGCUAACCAGUUUUAUGAAAACACAACACGUAAGAAAAAUCUUUCCAUCGUA